AUGACAAGUAAUAUUAGACAACAUCCUAUAUCAUUUGCUAGUAUAUUAAAUAGUAAUCCCCCUACCCCGCCUCCACAGUCACCACUCAAUUAUAUAAAACCAGAAGAAUCCCCUCAGAAGUUAUCACCACCUUCAGUAAAUUUGCCCCCACAUUUUAUGAGUCACCUGGCUUCAGUACCACCAUUUACAAAACAACAGCAACAACAACACCAAACAAUGGACCAUCAAUUCACUCCUCCUUCGUCCUCGUUAUCUUCACCACCGCUUCCACCUUUGAAACAUUCCCCGCCUUCUAAAUCCAAGAAGAUCCUUCUUUCCACGUCGUCACCUGAAGGAAUUCAAGUUGCCAGCAAAAUCACUCCUACAAGGUUAGCCAACUUACUUAUACGUAAGGGGCCUCUUCCUAUAAGACAUAUAACGUCGCAGUUGGCGUUGGAAGUUCCUUCGUUUGAUUUAUUGUCGUUAUCAAAACAGCGACGGUUGAUUAUGGCAGCUAUGGAACAAACAGAUUUAGUUAACAAUGUUGUUUUUGAAAAGAUAGGCUGGGGACAAUGGGCAGUUAGAAAGGUUGAUUCAGAUUAUAUUGUAACUGAAGGAACCGAGGCUGGUAAUUAUACCCAUCCAACAGAAGAUACCGAUCGGAAAAUGAUUAACGUGAAUGACUUGAGAAACCAAACCAAUUUGAAAUUAGGCUGGCUGAAGAAGAAGAAGAAGAAACAGUCAACUAAACCGGACCCUAGAAGAGAAUCAAUUACCAAUCACACGAGAAAUUUACAUGAUUUAAAAAUACCCACUGAACCACUAGAUUCAAAUGCUAUUGAGUCGGACUCAGAAGACGAAUAUGCUUUAUCAGACCAUAUAGACGAAGAUUUGUCAAGUGAAGAAGAAGAAGAGGAAGAGGAAGAAGAAGACGAAGAUGUUUUUACAUUUGAAGAUGAAUCUACCACAACCACAAACAAAUUUAAACCUUCCCCUCCAAUAAAAUUUGCUAAACGAGUACCAAUAAAGUUCAGUCCUCCACCUGAUGGUACCUCGUCGUCGUCCCGACGUAAAUCAAGUUCCUCGCAGCCCUCUACAUCAGCAGCAAUUUCCAAACCAACGUACCGACACCAAAUAUUCCCAAGAUCAAGGCUAAGCUCAUUAGAAAAUCUUGAUAAUUACAUUGUAUCUUCCGCUAAGAAUUCCACAGUUCUGAUUAAUUCUCCACCAACUGCAGCUGCGCCUAUUCCUGCCAUUUCAUUCAGUUAUUCUGGAUCAAACUCGGUGUUAAGUGCAUCACCGGCAAACUCGUGGACCAGUGGUGGACCUAGUCCCAGCGGGAAUUAUAUACACCACCAGUCGAUGGAUACAAUCAGUCCCGAACGAGGCAAUGGGAGCACCGCUACCAAUCGAAGAAAAUCUUCGUUUAAUGAGAGUCAUGUGAGAUCCACGUUGAUUAAUCAGAAACCGGCACAGCAUCUGGCUGUUCCCUCGCUGAAAUUAGCCCAUGAUGAAGCCAAUGCCAACAUGCGUCGAAUGUUAAAGGGGAAGAUGAAGUUAAUGAAGAAGACAAGAGCGCUGCUUUUGCUUUGGUUCAUCUUAUGUCGGUAUAAAAAUCAGGUUUUCUAUUUCUUUUUCUUUUUAAUUCUUUUACUUAUUUUAGUUUUGUAG